CAGUCAUGGAGAUGGAAGGCACUGCUGAGCCAGCCUUUGUGGAUGUGGACCAGGGCCUGACGUUAGCCUGUGUCGCCUUCCUCUGCCUGCUGCUGAUGGCCAUGAUCAUCCGCUGUGCCAAGGUCAUAAUGGACCCAUAUAGUGCGAUUCCUACCUCCACAUGGGAGGAGCAGCUCUUGGAUGACUAACAAACUGAAACACAUAUAUACAUAUCAUAACACGUGUGGCACUAGAGUAAGAGGGUAGUGGUGGUUUUUCAUUUUCAUGUCACUAAAUGACAGUGUGUGUGUU